GUAGGGUUUUGCUGCCUCGCACCAUUUUUUUUGCUCAACCGUCAUGGAGGUCCAAGUUCCCUCAGCUGCCCCGCCUUGUUGGAGCAGUGUCCUCAAAAAGCAACCCGAACGGCAAGAACAACAGCCGCAGCCACAGCAUCAACCCCUUCCCUCCGCCCAAAGAGGCGGAAUACUGGUGGGGAGCUGCAAAUCGUCCAAAGGAAUUGCGGUGGCGGUGGUUGACGCCAACGCCAUAAUCCAGGGCGGCGAGAGGCUAUUCCACUCCGCGGACCGAUUCGUCUCCGUCGCCGAGGUCAUCAGCGAAAUUCGCGACCCUGCUUCCCGCCAUUUCCUCAGCGUUCUGCCGUUCGCAGUUGAUACUCUCGAACCUUCCCCUGAUGCUUUGAAGAAAGUGAUCAGCUUUGCAAAGGCUACUGGUGACUUGCAAACACUUUCAGAUGUGGACCUGAAGCUAAUUGCUUUGACUUACACGUUAGAAGCCCAAAUUCACGGGACUCAACAUCUCAGGAACAGCCCACCUCCUAUUCAUACAGUUAAUGUCAAAAGGCUUCCUGAAAAAGACUUGCCUGGAUGGGGUUCUAAUGUCCCAAAUCUCGAAGAAUGGGAAGCCCUAGAGCAUGCUUUUGAAAACGAAUCAAACCUCAAUUCUAGGAUUUUACCCCUAAAAAAUUUGACACUUGGUGUGAAUUCCAUUGAUGAACCUUCCCCAGAAGAUGGUUCCGUUCAAGAUGGCAGUGAGUCGCACCAUGGGAAUGUUGAGAAGCUUGAUGAUGGUUUCAGGAAACCCAAGAGAUACUCCCCAAAGAAGAGAGAGGUAAAAAUCGAGGGGAAAAAGAUGGUGGCCGAUGGUGUUGAUGCAUCACAAGGCCAAAUUGAUGACAACACUGAUGACUGGCGACCUGCCGUGAGUCGAAGUACUCACAGAAGGUUUCUUAGAAGGAAAGCUAGACGUGAAAUGAGUGAAGCCUUAUCUGCUUCAGAUGAUCAGCAAAACACGUCCUGUAAUGUGGAAAAUAAAAAUCUCGAUGAUGCUCAGUGUCCAGAGCUUCUAGUAGAUGAAAGUUACGAAGAAAGGACAAAUGCCAUAGUUCAGGAUGACAUGAUUGGCAAUAAGAAGAAUGGAGAGAUUAAUAUCUCUGAGAGUCUGAAGACAAUGAAACUGGGUGAAGAGCAUUUGGAGUCCUCUGAAUUUGGUGAGAAGGUAAAUGAUGCUCCCGAGGGAACUGAUUCAACUGGCAAUGUAGAGGGAGACUAUGUUGAAAUCACUGAACAAGAGCUGGGGGACUUAGAAAUGCUUGGCCAAUUAGAAGAAAAUGACGAUGCGUCGAAUGUGGAUGAUAUGAGUAGUGAACAGAGCUGGUCGCUUAGAUCUUUGUCUGAGUCUAGCGUGGCUUGUGUGACUACUGAUUUUGCCAUGCAAAAUGUGCUGCUUCAGAUUGGUUUGCGACUCCUGGCUCCUGGUGGGAUGCAGAUUCGUGAGCUCCACAGGUGGGUGCUGAAAUGCCAUGCUUGCUUUAAGGUGACUACAGAUAGUGGUAGAAUUUUCUGCCCCUCUUGUGGGAAUGGGGGCACACUACGUAAAGUUGCUGUUACAGUUAAUGAGAAUGGUAUUAUGUUGGCUGCACGGAGGCCUCGUGUAUCCUUGCGCGGAACAAAGUUCUCUUUACCUUUGCCACAAGGUGGUAGAGAUGCAGUUACUAAGAACCCGAUUUUACGUGAAGAUCAGCUUCCACAGAAAUAUCUCUAUCCCAAGACAAAAAAGAAAAAUAAGCAGGGUGAUGACUUCUUUGUUCCAGAUGACAUUUUUCGUCACCACAAUGAUAAAAAAGCUCCUUUCCAGCCUCCCGUUCGGAAAGCACUCGCUGUUUUCAGUGGCAAGAGGAAUCCUAACGACAAUCACUUUGCACCUCCAAAGCGUUAAAAUAUUGCCGUUUUCAACCUUGUUAAUUUGUCUUGCACGCAAGAAUUCGAUUAUGGAUUUUGACGUGUCAAUUUUGUGGUGGCAAUACGAUUAGGUGGUGUUUUAGGUCUUGAAAAAUUAUGACAUUCUUGUUUGCUUUUUUGUGCAAGCUUUUUUAUCCUUACAAACAUCUGUUAUUCUGCCAUGUUUGAUUAAUUUCUUUGUUCAAGGUUAGCAAUUCAAAUAGACCCCGAAAAAUGAACAUGUAAAAGAAAAGAAGAAAAGAAGAACCAGGUAGUGUGUGAAGUGCUUGGAGGGUACUCUAAUAUCGUGGAUAAUUUGAGACUCUUGUUGUGAACUGUUUUCUUGGUCAUUUAGAAUUUUUCUAUGUUGUAGUUUUUCCUGUUCUUCUUUCAAUAACGUGG